AUGCCAAUGACCGAUGAAACCGACCACAGCGGCGGGGUCAUCUUAGAUGGCCCCUUCGAUCCUGACGCUCAAGCUACUGUAACCGAUUAUAUCGACUACACCGAAUACCUUCCCGCCGAUCUCAUCCGCUCCCUAACCCUCAUCCAGGGCCUCGAUGAUCGUUACCUUGACUCCGCACAAGAAGUACACAGCCUGAGCAGGACCUACGGCCAACUCCCUAACCUUCCUCCCGAUGAACGCCCAAACCCCAUCUCCCUACGCCACCAAGUAUCUCAUCAGUUAGACCGCGCAAUUAAUGCACGUGAAUCCGCCUAUGCAGAAGCCUGCCGUCUAUACGAUGUUGUGGAUCGCCACUUCGACCGCUUGAGUUGCAUUCGACAAAAGCUAGAGACACUACCGCGUCCACCCUCGGUAGAACCAUCUCCGCCGCCAGAACCUACUCCGAAGCGCGCGCGCAAGGAUAAGAAAUCCGGUGCAUCCACAACACGUAUCACCUUGCGCCUGGAUGGUCGCAAGAAGAGCGGAACACAAAAGUCAAGGCGGCGCGUGGGCCUAGGAGGGCAAUUCGCAGACUUUAAUCCGGAUUCUCCAAUUGCCAGUACCGAGCAAUCGGAUGCGGACGCGGAAUUGCCGAUUGUUCCCAAAUCCAGACCCUCGAAGAAAGAGAAGCAACGCCGUCCUAGCUCAGGGGUUGUGGUUUCGACAAGCCAUGCCCUUGCUUCGCUUAAACCUCCGCCUCCAGAUGCAAAGCCGGGCAGUGAACAUGCUCCAUGGGGCCGAUUGACCGAGUAUGAAAUGACCAAACUACGCAAAAAGAUGAAGAAGAACGCUAUGUGGCAGCCCAGCGAGGUCAUGAUUCACCGCGAGUUAGCCAUCAUGGGACGUGGCUGGGAUAACUAUGUGAAUGCUAAGCAAAUGGCUGAAGAAUCUGGCAUUGCACUUUUGGACUGUGACAACUUGGCAGAAACCUACCGUGGCGCAAAACCCAAAGAUAUGGAAGACACCAAGAUAAGCAAUAGAGGCAUGAAGCUGAACGAAGCGAAGAAGCUCAAGCGGGAGCUAUUGGCACGGGAAGCGGCAGCUAACGGCGGAGAACUGCUUCUUACUGUAAAACAGCCAGUUCCUGCUCAAGGGACUCCAGCUAGCCGACCAUCCCGCAAGAGAAAACGUGAAGAGGAUACCGCUGAGGACGAUCUCUUGACUUCGACCAUAAAAGCUCUUUCUGCAAAUGAGCCUGUUCUAGUACCGUCGUCAAAAUCCCGUCGCAAAUCUGACCGAGGUGGGCCAAGCAGCGGAUCAGGUUCAGCAGAGGCGACCAAUGCCCCCGCGCUGCCUGAAAUUGUAAGCCAAGCACCUGCCGAAGCAAAGGUAUCGCCUCCAUUGCCCUCCCCAAGUGGAUCACGACGCUCUGCUGGAGCCAAAUCCGUCGGAAAGCCUGUCGCUACACCUACUCCACCAGUUACCCGGCCUUCGUCCAGACGGUCUGCGGCUGCGGCAUUGAGCGAGCCUAGAGGCUUGGCAGUUGCCUUCCCCGUCGCUGUAUCUGGUGGACGAGACUUGCGUGUCAAAAGCGCCACUCCUGCCCGCAAGACACCAGUCCGAGAGACGUCUCAUGCUCCCAGUGUUCCCGCUCCAGCUCGCCGACGCAAGCGCCCCGCUCCGGGCCCUGUCUCAUCUGGCCAAGACGGCGGUGCAGCCGUGAGCUACGGCCGUCGCAAGGCCAAACCUAGCAAGAAACGUCUGCUUAUUCCCAACUCUCAGGAUGUUCGUGUUGACGAAGACGGAGUCCUUGAGGAAAUUAAUGCCAAUGAGCCCCGCUACUGUCUCUGUGGGGAUGUGAGCUUUGGAACGAUGAUUUGCUGUGAAAACCAAGAUUGCGAUCGGGAAUGGUUCCACCUUGACUGCAUUGGCCUAACUGAGGUGCCUUCCCGCACGGCUAAAUGGUACUGCCCAGAGUGCCGUGUCAAAUUCAGCAAGGGCUCAGAUGGUAUCGUCAAAGGUGGAUCGCGACGAUGA